CUCUCGCUUUGCGGACUUCAAGCCCAGAAGCUGGUCGUUGAUCAAUAUCACGCAGUCGUCCAAAGCAAAACCCCGGGAGAGACUAUCCUCUUCCUCCUCAUCAAUCAGAAAAACAAUCCCUUGUUGCAUAGAUUCCCCUGAUAUAUCAUAUCUUAUUUCCCAUCCCACUCACUCCUCUCCUUCGCCUCCAAGUCAAAACGACACUGCCAACGAUGUCCGGUACCAACACCACCAAUGUCCCGACGUCUCUUCCCGCACGACCCAAGCGGAAACUCCUGCUCAUCAACGGCCCCAACCUCAACCUGCUCGGCACGCGGGAGCCGCACAUCUACGGCUCGACGACGCUAAGCGACGUGGUCACCUCGAUCGUGGCGCGGGGCCAGAGGCUCGAGAUCGAGGUGGUGGCCUUCCAGUCGAACCACGAGGGGCAGAUCGUCGACUUUAUCCAGUCGCAUUUCACCCCGCCACCAGUCCCAACAUCAGCAUCGACACAGUCCACGCUCCCUAGUGCUACCACUACCACCACCACCCCCCGACGCACGAGGACAGGCGUGAUCAUCAACCCCGCGGCCUUCACGCACACCAGCGUCGCCAUCCGCGACGCCCUGCUGGCCACCGCGCUGCCCUUCGUCGAGGUGCACGUCUCCAACAUCCACGCCCGCGAGCCCUGGCGCACCCACUCGUACUUCUCGGACCAGGCCGUCGGCGUGCUCCUCGGCCUCGGCGUCUACGGGUACACCGCCGCCCUGGAGUUCUGGGCCCAGCGCUGGGACAAGGAGGACGCGGACGAAGGGUUCGAGACCACGGGGGAGGUGGAGGGGGAGGUACGUGCGGUUGAGGGAGGAGAGGGAGGCGAGCGCGAAGAUAGGGUACAGGAAAAGGGUUGGACGGUGGCAUUGACAAGUGUCUAG